UUUUCUCCGAGAGGUACCUGAACGCACCAGUAAGUCAGUGGUUGCUCGCGGACGCUGCGGUUACUGCAGAGGCAAUUGGAAAACAAUGUUGCGGAACGGGGGAAAAUCUACAUCUCGCUGACUAAAUAAUGGUCCGUCGUUCCAGAGACAGUCUUCGGAUCAGAACCGGUGAGUCCGUCGGUUCUGAUGAGGCUGAAGAGACCGCACGGUGGCUGCCGCCAUGGAUGCGGCUGUACUUCUACGGAAUGCACGGUGUCACCCUGGAUGUGCUGCUUUCCUCGGUCCGAGGGGUUCUAUCCGACCGGGACCCUAAGUUAGUGGGCUUUUCCUCGCCGUAUCUAUGCGUGGUGCAUUCACUGACCCACUUUGCACUGGAGAAGGUCUACUCGAAGAAAAGGUGCUUUCAAGGAAGGCCUGUGGUUUUUCAUCUGCUGAUUUAUCCGUCUGUUUACAUCGGGCUGCAGGUUCUGAUAGAGAACAUCAGCAACGCACUCAACACGCAAGUGAGGGUCCUACCAGGGACGCACUGGGUCCUCCAUUACAUCCUGGCUCUUUAUUUUAGUCAGGUGUUCCACAAGGGGGUGUCUAGGCUGCAGUAUCAUCCCACCAGGGGACUCCGUCCUCUCCAAAGCCUCCCCGGGUAUAUCCGCUUCAUAUUUUUUGGAAUGCACGGCUUUCUGGAUGAGGUGAUGUUCACCUCGGCGUUCAACCUGGUGGAGAAGCGAAGCCUGACAGGUCAUACGUCCUUGUGGUCCUUCCUCAUGUAUGGCAGCUGCAGCUUUGUGGUGGAGAAACUCUACCUGCACCUGCACUUUAAAAGAGGUUGGGGGACUUGGCGGAGGCUCCCCAUCUACAUCUGCUUCAUCUACACCUGGGAGCUGUGCUGGGGUUUGGGUCUGAGGCAGUUCGACGCAUGCUCAUGGGACUACUCGCACUAUUCGCACAACUUCAUGGGACUCAUCACACUCCUCUACCUGCCCGGGUGGGCCUGCCUGAGUCUCUAUCAAGAUGUGCUGUCCAACUUCUUGCUCGGCAUUAGGUCCAGCGGGGAAAGUCGGCGAUGGAGCGUGAGCGGCGGGGAAGUCAACGGACGGCCUCAAUCUCGGAAAAAAAGACUUUAAAAUUGACGAUUUAGCGUAGUUGCGGACGGAGUAAAAAGGGAGACUUAAUAAUCACGUGAUAGUCCACCAUAAUUGCUCAUAGCGGAAUAUUUUAGUGAGCAUGUUGUGCUCGGAUCAUGCGUAUACUAUUAAACCAUACCAAAAAAAAAAAAAACCUUUCACUGUGAUGAUCAAAGCAAAUGUCGGUAAAUCCAGUUGAACUAGUUGUCAUUGCAGCUACAGGCCUUGAAUGAAGCCACUGAGUAACUAACAUUUUCUUUCAUAAAGCUUCUCAUCAUGACAAACGUAGCAUCAAGUUGUAACACGAGAAACUUGUUUGGAAAGCCACGUGAGAAAGACCGGUUUCGAUGUGACGACAUCGACUUGCACUGUGGUGAAAAGAAAAAAAUAAAAGUGAAAUAAAUCAAAUGGUAAAUGUU